UUUUUCCUUUCCUAUAUCUGCUCCGUUCUAAACACAACCAAAAUGACGUUGAUGAGCGUUCUGGCUAAUGCGCUCCGCACUAUUGCGAGCGCGGAGCGCCGUGGCAAGCGUCAGGUCCUCAUUCGCCCCUCAUCCAAGGUCGUCAUCAAGUUCCUGCAGGUGAUGCAGAAGCACGGCUACAUUGGAGAGUUUGAGCUCAUCGAUGAUCACCGUUCUGGAAAGAUUGUCGUGAACCUCAACGGCCGUCUGAACAAGUGCGGUGCGAUCUGCCCACGCUUUGACUGCAAUGCUAAGGAGUAUGAGCGGUGGGUGAAGUUCAUCCUGCCCUCUCGUCAGUUUGGCUUUUUGGUUUUGACCACGUCUCUCGGCAUCAUGGAUCACGAGGAAGCCCGUUCCCGCAAUACUGGUGGUAAGGUGCUCGGCUUCUUCUACUAAAACGACUGCAAGGAGCAAAUUUUGGGCUCGGAUUUAUAAGGAAAAGUGGAAAACACUGUUUUUAUUUUGAAUUUAUUUCAUUAGAUAACUAAAAA